AUGCCUGUCAUCAAGCCCCUAACAGGGUCGACCGAGGCCCCGGCCACAUACAAACAGCCCUCCAGAAAAGGAAAGAAGGCAUGGCGCAAGAACGUCGAUGUUACCCAGGUUGAGAAGGGUCUCGAGGAGCUGAAUGAGGAAAUCAUUAAAGGUGGUGUCGUAGCAGAGCGGGACUCUGAUGAUCUCUUCACACUUGACACCGUCGGCGAUGCUGCAAACCCAAAGAAGUUUCCCAAGCACACUACGAAAAAACUCAAGUCGGACGAAAUUCUAGCUGCGCGCUCAGCCAUUGCCCCUGUUGAUUCACGAAAGAGAGCCGGCGACAGUGUUUCCAAGACCACCGAUGGCAUAAUUGCGUCCAAGCGACAGCGCACCGGCUAUGUUACGCAAAAGGAACUUGCUCGGCUCAAGAAGGUAGCCGAUGGACACCAUGAGGACACAAUCGAGUUUUCAGAGACAGUCUACGAUCCUUGGGCAGUUGCACCCGAGCCUGAAGUAAAGAGCGAGCUGCACGAUACUCGGAACGACAAGAGGAAAGCCCCAAAGAGCAUCACGGAGAAGCCCAUUUCAUUAGCAGCAAGUGGCAAGCGAAUUCCGGCUGUCGCAAAGCCCACCGGAGGCUACAGUUACAACCCUUCUUUCCCAGAGUACGAGGCACGAUUGAGCGAAGAAGGAAACAAGGUAGUCGAAGCCGAGAAGAAGCGCCUCGCAGAAGAGGAGGCAGACCGUCUCAGGAUGGAGGCCGCCGCACGGUCUGCGGCUGAAGCAGAGGCUGCCGAAGCCAGGGCCGAGCUCUCGGAAUGGGAAGAGGACUCGGAGUGGGAAGGCGUUCAGAGCGGCGGCGAGGAGCUCAAGACCUCGGCCAAGAGACCGGGAAGAAAGACACAGGCUCAGAGAAACAGGAUCAAGAGGCGCAAGGAGGAAGAGCGACGGCUGAUACACGAAGAGAAGACCAAAGUCAGAAAGGCCCAGUUGGAGCAGAUCAAAGAGAUCGCCAGGCUGGCGGCUGAAAAGGACAAGGCUCGAGCCCUGUCCAAGCAGGCUGAGGACAGCGACGACGAAAUGGACGACGCCACCGACGAUAUUCUCCGCAGAAAACAGCUGGGCAAGAUGAAACUGCCGGAGAAGGACCUUGAACUCGUGCUUCCAGAUGAGCUGCAGGAUUCUUUGAGAUUACUGAAGCCUGAAGGCAAUCUCCUCAAGGACCGGUAUCGGAGUCUCCUGGUGAGAGGAAAGCUGGAGAGUCGCAGGAGGACGGUGAAGAAGCAGGCCCGGAUGAAAUCCACAGAGAAGUGGACUUACAAGGACUUUAGAAUAUAG